UGCAUAAGCCCAGGCAGGAAUCCUAUUGGCUGGGUCCGCUUAGGGUGACGUCAUUGGGACGUCCUAAGACUAGGGUUGGGCCGGGAGCCGGAGCCAUUACUGCAGGAAAAGGUCCCGCAGAGCUCAGCGGCCAAGAUGUGUGACUUCACCGAGGACCAGACCGCAGAAUUCAAGGAGGCCUUCCAGUUGUUUGACCGAACAGGGGAUGGCAAGAUCCUGUACAGCCAGUGUGGGGACGUGAUGAGGGCCCUGGGCCAGAACCCCACCAACGCCGAGGUGCUCAAAGUCUUGGGAAACCCCAAGAGUGAUGAGAUGAAUGUGAAGGUGUUGGACUUUGAGCACUUCCUGCCCAUGCUGCAGACUGUGGCCAAGAACAAGGACCAGGGCACUUAUGAGGACUAUGUUGAAGGCCUUAGGGUGUUUGACAAGGAAGGGAACGGCACUGUCAUGGGUGCUGAGAUCCGACAUGUUCUUGUCACACUGGGUGAGAAGAUGACAGAGGAAGAAGUAGAGAUGCUGGUGGCAGGGCAUGAGGACAGCAAUGGUUGUAUCAACUAUGAAGCAUUUGUGAGGCAUAUCCUGUCGGGGUGACGGGCCCGUGGGGCGGAGCUCGUCCGCAUGGUGCUGAAUGGCUGAAGACAUUCCCAGUGUGCCCAGAGCCUUGUGCCUUCCCCUGUGUGAGACUGUGUAUUAGCCCCAAAGGCUUCGUAGGUUCUCUUGUCACAGCACUUUUCCCAGCUUGUAUCUCUUGGAUGAUGUUUGCCAUCAGCAUUCACCAAAUAAACUCACUCUCUGUGCCCUAAA